CAGACUAACAGAAACGAAUCAUCGGCACAAGUUUAGAGAGAGAGAGAAGAAGAACCAUCUUACGAAUCAUUGGACUCAGAGACACAAUGGAGACUGAAUACGACCAAGUUCUUCACUCCGUUGCUCAGGUUAAAAUCACUGAUUCCGCCGAUGUGAACCAAGACGAGGACGGCGUAAAGGUUUCGUGCUUCACUGAAGUUCUCGAUGAUGUCACUCUUCACUUCCAGGUCAUCCGUCUCGCAAAGCAGAUUUAUGUAUGGAUUGGUUAUAACUCCGCCAAAUUUGGGAACUUAUACGCAGCCGCUUCAACGCGACCGAGCAAUACAGUAAGUGUUACUUCGUUACUUGGUGGAACAUCUGAUAACACUGGAUCUGGCAUUGCGCGUAGAUUAGUGAUGAAGACUGGUCCCAGUAUAAUCCUAGCUUGCAAUAUCCCUAAAAACAAUCCCUUGCUCGAGGCAAAAGCUGAGAAAAUCUUGAUCAGAAAAUUGAUUGAUCUUGGUUACACAAUGCCAACACCUUUACCAGCAACAUAACCUGAAGAGGGUAUCGAUUUUAGCAGUUUCUUCAGAUUGUACUCUCUGUAUCCCGUAAUUUAUGAACGAUUCUUGAAAUUUCUUAAACCGAGAGUGUCAGCUUUUUCCUGUUAGUUUACAGAAUCUUGAUGAUUGUUUUUUUUGGUUAUUGAAUGACGUCAAAUAUCGUUAUUCUUAGUACCACUGGUAGACUUUGGUUUCUUGUUUUCUAUGUUCAUAAUCUUGAGCUU